AUGGCGAAAUUAGCAAUGACUUCAGCAGAGCCUUGGCCAAUCAAAGGCUGGGACAGCAGUGUCCGUUGCCUCAGCUACAUAUGCCCCACCCUCAUACAGGUAACCAUAACUACCCUCAUAUAGGUACUGUUACCAUGCAUACAGUAGCCAUCAGACCUGGGUCAAGCACUAUCAGAAACUGGCAGAUUUAGCACUCUAGUGACUAUUCAAGCUAAACCAAGCUCAGCUAGUCACAACUCACAACUGGUUCCAGGUGUAGUUUAUAUUGUAGUUUAUGGUGACAGUGUGUUGUCGCCAUGGUGACCGUGUGCUGUUCAGUGGUGGUGUUGUUGUGUUCUGCUCACAUUCCUCCCUGAUGAGAGACUGGCAUCCAUUAAUCUCUCACUGACCAAACACAAUAGAGAGGACAGGGGGAGGAGGAGUGUAUGUGCGUUGUGUGUGUACGUGCAUGUUUGUGUGUGGCUGAUCACUCUGCACAGGGGGUGUUGGGGGGCUUACACAUGAGGAUGGUAUCUGCAUUGAGAGAGUGUGUGUGGUGUGUGUGUUAGACCAGUAAUAACAGUGUUAGAAGUGUGUGUUGGAUGUCUUGUUGAGUGUUUUUAGAUAAUAUAUGCAGUGUUAAUUGAAGCAGAAAGCAGAGGGAUGGCUGGUUUUAUUGAGCAGUGUUGAUUGGUGUCAAUUGUCUGUUCAAUCAGCCAAUCAAUACCUUUUGCUGUGACCUUUGACUCUAUCUAAAUGCAAAUGAACUGAGGUCUCAUUGCCUGCGUAAAUCACUUAUUAUUGAGACAUCACUCGAUGUUGUGGCCCAGGGUACCAGUAACACGGGCUGCGUUCCAAAUAGCACCCUAUACCCUUUAUUGUGCACUAGUCUAAUUUUGACUAGAGCCUGAAUGGGACCAGGUCAAAAGUAGUACACUAGGGAAUAGGGGCCAUUUGAGACGCAGAUAGUGACUCUUGGCUUGGUAGCUUAUGCCCUGAAAAUACAUAUUGUGGUUCGGACCAAUGUUAAUCUGGUCAUUGCUUAUGCUGGAGUAAAUUGCUUAUGCUGGUGCUGUUUAUUGUAGUCAUAUGAGCUGUGGUUUGUGGAGUAAUACUUACUGAAAACCCCUAGGAGGCAGGAUGGUACCUGGUCUUCUCUGGAGCUUGGGUCUGUAAGCGGUAGGGUAGGGUUUUUAUGUGUCUCCUCUCCCUGUGUGUUUGUCUGUGUUUGUUAUGGUUAGUGUGUGUCUCUGAUAACAGCAGCCAGCUCUCAGUGAAUUAUUUACCAGACUAGGAGGAGAGCGGGACGCUGGCGUCGUGUGAAUAGAUGGUGAUUGUCCGCACAGUGUGACCGUCAACUCCAGUCCUGAUACCCUGAUGCUGGAUAGAAUUGUCCCACAUUAAUAUUACUAUUGCUAUCCUACUGCAUGGAAGACACACCUAUCUGAUAAGGCAUAUAGGAAUGACAGAGAGAGGGGGGAGAGAAAAAGACAGAGAGAGAAAAUUAAUGAGAGACAAAGAGAGAGAGGGGACUAGAGAAGGAUGGAGGGGGAUACCAAGACACCCAACAGAUCUGGUAGGUUUGAUUAAUUAUUGAGACUGUGGUUGCUGAUAGUGGUUUUGGCACUGGUGACAGGUGUGUGUGUGUGUGUGUGUGUGUGUGUGUGUGUGUGUGUGUGUGUGUGUGUGUCUGCCUGCCUGCGUGAUUGUGCUUGUGUGUGUGACAGCUGUGUCCUGUGGUGUAGUGUUCAGUCCAGUCCCAGGUCGUUUGCCAGAGGGUUAUUUACUUAAUUAAACAGACAUAUAACACACAGAGGAAAUGAUGCUACCACUCAGCCCCCAUCCCUCUCUCUAUCUCUCCACCCAACACUCCUCCCCUCCAUUCCUCUCUGAGAGAGUGAGAGGGACAGAGAGAGAGAGGGACAGAGAGAGAGAGGGACAGAGAGUGAGAGGGACAGAGAGAGAGAGGGACAGAGAGAGAGCGGGACAGACAGAGAGCGGGACAGAGAGAGAGCGGGACAGAGAGAGAGCGGGACAGAGAGAGAGCGGGACAGAGAGAGAGAGGGACAGAGAGAGAGAGAGGGACAGAGAGAGAGAGGGACAGAGAGAGAGAGGGACAGAGCGAGAGAGAGGGACAGAGCGAGAGAGAGGGACAGAGAGAGAUAGAGGGACAGAGAGAGAUAGAGGGACAGAGAGAGAGAGAAAAGGGAGAGAGCAGAGAUGGUGUUAGUGAAUCAGGAAGACGAGAGCAGACGGACACACAGCACAAGGACCUAGAUUCAGUUUCCAGGAGCAGAGGAACAGAAAGAGGAGAGGAAGGAAGAAGGAGAGGAAGAGUAGAUCUACCCAGGGGUCUUGUUUCAUCCUGUAGCUGUCUCUCUCAGGAGGUCCUCUAGACAGUCACACAGACAGCCUUCUCUCUCUUGUUGCUGUUGUUUUUAUCUGUCUGUGUGGGUCUGAGCCUGUUCCACAGACAGACAGACAGACUUUAACUCUGUAUAGGAGCAGUGUUGGCCGGAGGCGGGGAGGACAGUGGAUUGUUAUUUUUCUAUUAUUACUCGUUCCUGCUCUCAAACUUAGAACCAGAGAGGAAGAGGUGGAGCCAAUAUUAAUUGCACCAUCUUUGAUAUCAGAACACACCUGGACAGGAAGUGACAUCACAUUACCGUUGGCGACCUGGUGUGAAGUUAGUGGGAUGUGUAUAGGACUUGAGGACUGGACUACUGGGCAAAUUAGGAUUGGAUGGUGGAAGACUUUGAGAAGGUGUGAGUGGGGUCUAUAUGUGAGGAAUAGAGUACUGGAGGACUAGGGUUUGGCCAGUGGAAGACAUUGAGGGUUGUCUGUGUGUGCGUGGACUAACAGUGAGGAUGUACAAGCGUCGUGACUAUGUGGACCUUUAUGAGAAAGACCAGGCUAAAUGGGCUCUAGUACGUAAUGUCAACACUGUCUUCAAGCACUCUACACUGCUACCGGUAGGACUACAACACUGUGUGUGUGUGUACAGUGUGUGUGUGUGUGGGUGUUUAAAGUGUGUGUGUACUGUGUGUGUGUGUACUGUGUGCGUGUGUGUGUGUGUGUGUGUGUGUGUGUGUGUGUGUGUGUGUGUGUGUGUGUGUGUGUGUGUGUGUAGGACUGUGUUUAGUAAUGGGAAUGGAUUGCAGGUAAUCUUGUUGCGCUAUCAGAGGAGCUUAGGCAGUGUUAUAAUUGGUUUACCAUAUAAAAGUCAUGUUUACAAUACAAUAAAACUUUGUCCCCAAGGGAAAGAUUGCAUUAGACACUUCAUUUUGCUGUUUAUGAAAAAGCAAUCAGGUUCAAGAGGCAGAGGUAUAUUGUAAAUAAUACAUCACAUUGGUUGUUGGGGGGGGGGGGGGGGGGGGGGGGGGGGGUUGUUAGGCCUGAUACACAGCUGUGUGUGUGUGUGACACUGAUGACAUCAUUGUAUAAUGUCGAUUAUAAACUGGGUGGUUUGAGCACUGAAAGGUUUGUGGUAUAUGGCCAAUAUACCAUGGCUAAGGGCUGUAUCCAGGCACUCUGCGUUGUGUCCUGCUUAAGACAAGCCCUUAGCCGUGGUAUAUUGGCCAUAUACCACACCUCCUUGUGCCUUAUUGGUUAAUUAUGACACUGAACCCUGUCAGUUCUGCUCUAAGACGUCAUCUUUAUCAACCAUAUCACCACCUCUUACAGUGAGGGAAAAAAGUAUUUGAUCCCCUGCUGAUUUUGUACGUUUGCCCACUGACAAAGAAAUGAUCAGUCUAUAAUUUUAAUGAUAGGUUUAUUUGAACAGUGAGAGACAGAAUAACAACAAAGAAAUUCAGAAAAAUGGAUGUCAAAAAUGUUAUAAAUUGAUUUGCAUUUUAAUGAGGGAAAUAAGUAUUUGACCCCCUCUCAAUCAGAAAGAUUUCUGGCUCCCAGGUGUCUUUUAUACAGGUAACGAGCUGAGAUUAGGAGCACACUCUUAAAGGGAGUGCUCCUAAUCUCAGCUUGUUACCUGUAUAAAAGACACCUGUCCACAGAAGCAAUCAAUCAAUCAGAUUCCAAACUCUCCACCAUGGCCAAGACCAAAGAGCUCUCCAAGGAUGUCAGGGACAGGAUUGUAGACUGGAAUGGGCUACAAGGCUGGAAUGGGCUACAAGACCAUCGCCAAGCAGCUUGGUGAGAAGGUGACAACAGUUGGUACGAUUAUUCGCAAAUGGAAGAAACACAAAAGAACUGUCAAUCUCCCUCGGCCUGGGGCUCCAUGCAAGAUCUCACCUCGUGGAGUUGCAAUGAUCAUGAGAACGGUGAGGAAUCAGCCCAGAACUACACGGGAGGAUCUUGUCAAUGUUCUCAAGUCAGCUGGAACCAUAGUCACCAAGAAAACAAUUGGUAACACACUACGCCGUGAAGGACUGAAAUCCUGCAGCGCCCGCAAGGUCCCCCUGCUCAAGAAAGCACAUAUACAGGCCCAUCUGAAGUUUGCCAAUGAACAUCUGAAUGAUUCAGAGGAGAACUGGGUGAAAGUGUUGUGGUCAGAUGAGACCAAAAUGGAGCUCUUUGGCAUCAACUCAACUCGCCGUGUUUGGAGGAGGAGGAAUGCUGUCUACGACCCCAAUAACACAAUCCCCACCGUCAAACAUGGAGGUGGAAACAUUAUGCUUUGGGGGUGUUUUUUUGCUAAGGGGACAGGACAACUUCACCGCAUCAAAGGGACAAUGGACGGGGCCAUGUACUGUCAAAUCUUGGGUGAGAACCUCCUUCCCUCAGCCAGGGCAUUGAAAAUGGGUCGUGGAUGGGUAUUCCAGCAUGACAAUGACCCAAAACACACGGCCAAGGCAACAAAGGAGUGGCUCAAGAAGAAGCACAUUAAGGUCCUGGAGUGGUCCAUAAGUCAUGUUAUGCAGAGGGGUCAAAUACUUAUUUCCCUCAUUAAAAUGCAAAUCAAUUCAUAACAUUUUUGACAUGCGUUUUUCCGGAUUUUUUUUGUUGUUAUUCUGUCUCUCACUGCUCAAAUAAACCUACCAUUAAAAUUAUAGACUGAUCAUGUCUUUGUCAGUGGGCAAACGUACAAAAUCAGCAGGGGAUCAAAUACUUUUUCCCUCACUGUAUAUGUCUGCAAUACACCUUCUGCUUUAAUAAUACUUUGCCCUCUCUGUCUCUCUCUUUCUCCCUCUCUCUCUCUUUCUCCCUCUCCCUCUCAAUAUGUGGACCUGUAAAUAUACUAGCUCCGUUCCAAAUGGUGCACUAUUCCCUACAUACCUAGUGCUCUAUAUAGGGAUUACAGUGCCAUUUGGGACUCAAACCAUGUAUUGUGUUGGUUUGAUGGGUUAUUGUAUUUCUCCUCUCCAAGGGGGACUAUGUGUGGUUGGACCUGAAGACGGGCCGGGAGUUUGUCGUCCCCAUCGGAGCCGUGGUCAAACUCUGUGACUCUGGACAGAUACAGGUUCUGGAUGAUGAGGGAAACGUGAGUCUCAAACAUCCACAGAACAAAUUUAUACAACAUUCACACAACCUUCUUACAACGUUCUCACAUCAUUCACCCAACAUUUACAAAGCAUUCUCUCAACAUUCACACAAAAUAAUAAUUUGGGGUGGCCAAAAUGAUGCAGGGAUUUGUUCCAGCCCUACACAAAUAGCCCCUUCUUUCUCCAGGAGCAUUGGAUAUCCCCUCAGAAUGCAACCAACAUUAAGCCCAUGCACCCCACCUCCAUCCACGGGGUGGAGGACAUGAUCCGCCUGGGAGACCUCAAUGAGGCCGGCAUCCUCCGCAACCUGCUUAUACGAUAUACAGAACACCUUAUAUAUGUAAGUACUACUACUGUACUACUGCUAUACUACCGAAGUACUACAACCUGCUCAUGCGAUAUAGGGAACACCUUAUAUAUGUGAGUACUACUACUGUUAUAAUCUUCACCCGGCACAGCCAGAAGAGGACUGGCCACCCCUCAUAGCCUGGUUCCUCUCUAGGUUUCUUCCUAGGUUUUCGCCUUUCUAGGGAGUUUUUCCUAGCCACCGUGCUUCUACACCUGCAUUACUAGCUGUUUGGGGUUUUAGGCUGGGUUUCUGUACAGCACUUCGAGAUAUUAGCUGAUGUAAGAAGGGCUAUAUAAAAUAAAAUUGAUUGAUUGAUAUACUACUACUGCAGUACUACUGCAGUACUACUACUAUACUACUACUGCUAGGAGCUGUAGUUGUCAUCCAGAACCCAGUUUGAGGCCCGACCAGAGGUCUCUGUUCUCUCUCUCUCUCUCUCUCUCUCUCUCUCUCUCUGUGUUCUCUCUCUCUCUCUCUCUCUCCUCCUACUUCUUCCUUCCCUCUAUCUGUUUGUCUCUCCUGCCCUCAGUCAACCUGUGCUUUUGCAUUAUUUUUCCUCUUUCUCUCCCUUCUUCCUCCCUCACUCUCUGUCCCUCCUCUUCCUCCUUCCCCCUCUCUCUCUUUCUUGUUUUCUCCUUCCUUUCUGUAGACUAACUGUGGUGGGAGAGUAAGUACAGGGGCAUCAUGCAUGGCUGACAUACUCACCACCAGUGUGUCUGUCUGUCUGGGUGUGUGGGUGUAUGAGUGUUCGUAUGAGUGUGUGUGUCUGUCUUUCUGAGUGUGUGGGUGUAUGAGUGCAUGUGUUAGCGUUUGUAUGUCUUUGUGAGUGUGUGUGAGAGUAGAUAUGUGCAUGAGCUACUAGUGUUACUCCAUUUCUAUCAUGGCUGUCGGGCGGUUGGUGCUCCAGUGACUGUUACUGAUACUCAAUUUUCACUGACUGCACCGACUGAGAGACGAAACCCACGUCACCUCUGCUCCCAACACACACGUACACACAGACGUCAUCCUCCCCUCAUUUUCAUGUGGCAGGUAAAUGAGAAUGGCCAACUAUAAAGUACUACUGUCCUGCUGCGAUGUGCCUGUCUGUCUGUCCAUUUAAACUGAUCACAGAAUGCAGAGUUGUUGUACUAACGUGCAUCUCAUCUCUAAUACAACACUGCACAGCACUGCAUGGCCCAUCCUAGCUUUCCAUUUGUAGGAUCUUUGAUUUGGUGUCCUACCUUUGCCCUUUGCCCUCUACCCCCAUCCCCUCCAGACGUAUACAGGCUCUAUCCUGGUGGCGGUAAACCCCUACCAGGUGCUGCCCAUCUACACAGCUGACCAGAUCCGUCUGUACACCAAUAAGAAGAUAGGAGAGAUGUCUCCACACAUCUUUGCCAUCGCAGAUAACUGUUACUUCAACAUGCAGAGAAACAACAGAGACCAGUGCUGCAUCAUCAGGUGUGUGAGCGGGAGAGGGGUGUGUGUGCCUGGGUGUGUGUGUGUGUGUGUGUUCUCAGAAGCGCGUGAGAGCACCAAGUCAGAUCACAUUGUGUGUGUGUGUUCUCAGUGGAGAGUCUGGAGCAGGGAAGACAGAGAGCACUAAGCUGAUCCUCCAGUUCCUAGCAGCCAUCAGUGGACAACACUCCUGGAUAGAACAACAGGUCCUGGAGGCUAAUCCUAUACUGGAGGGUAGGACACACACACACACAUACACACAUACACACAUUCACAAUAAUGAACCCUAUAGUAGUUAUUUUACUUAUAGUUGUGAGUGUUGAGGGCUUUGUGUUCUCUGUCCGCAGCGUUUGGUAACGCUAAGACGAUCCGUAAUGAUAACUCUAGCCGCUUUGGGAAAUACAUUGACAUCCACUUCAACAAGAGAGGAGCCAUAGAGGGGGCCAAGAUAGAACAGUACCUGCUGGAGAAGUCACGGGUCUGCAGACAGGUAUGGAUUCAGGGGGCGGGGUUAUAGGUUCUGCAGGUAGGGUUGUAUUCAUUAGUGCACACCAUAGCAAAAUGUAGCAAAACGUUUUGCAACAGGCAGUGUUAGCUAGUUGAAGUAAGCAACUGUCCUAUAUCCUGUGAUACAGUCUAGGAGCUAUGUUAUUUUGAUCACUAUCGUGUCAUCUCUAUUCCCUCUCUCCCUGCAGGCUCGUGAUGAGAGGAACUACCAUAUCUUCUACUGUAUGUUGAAGGGCAUGCCUUCAGACCAGAAGAAGAAACUGGGACUAGGGAAAGCCACAGACUACAGCUACCUUACUAUAGUAGGACAACACUUAGCUAACACUUUAACAACGUUAUUAUAACAGUAGUGAGAAAAUAUAAUUCAACUAAAGUUCUCUCCUCUCCUCUCCUCUCCUCUCCUCUCCUCUCCUCUCCUCUCCUCUCCUCUCCUCUCCUCUCCUCUCCUCUCCUCUCCUCUCCUCUCCUCUCCUCUCCUCUCCUCUCCUCUCCUCUCCUCUCCUCUCCUCUCCUCUCCAGGGGAAGUGUACUGUGUGUGAUGGUCGUGAUGAUAUGAAGGAGUAUUCAAACAUCCAAUCAGCCAUGAAGGUGUUGAUGUUCUCUGACACUGAGAAUUGGAUGAUCUCCAAACUAUUGGCCUCUAUACUACAUAUGGGGAACCUGCGUUAUGAAGGUAAUAGGUACACACACACAAAUGCAUGCAUUAAUGCACAAAUACACACAUGCAUGUGCGUCCGUGCGCGUGCACACACACUCACACAUACACACACAGACAUACAGUUGAAGUCGGAAGUUUACAUACACUUAGAUUGGAGUCAUUAAAACUUGUUUUUCAACCACUCCACACAUUUCUUGUUAACAAACUAUAGUUUUGGCAAGUCGGUUAGGAUAUCUACUUUGUGCAUGACACAAGUCAUUUUUCCAACAAUUGUUUACAGACAGAUUAUUUCACUUAUAAUUCACUGUAUCACAAUUCCAGUGGGUCAGAAGUUUACAUACACUAAGUUGACUGUGCCUUUAAACAGCUUGGAAAAUUCCAGAAAAUGAUAUCAUGGCUUUAGAAGCUUCUGAUAGGCUAAUUGACAUAAUUUGAGUCAAUUGGAGGUGUACCUGUGGAUGUAUUUCAAGGCCUACCUUCAAACUCAGUGGUUCAUCCUUGGGAGCAAUUUCCAAACGCCUGAAGGUACCAUGUUCAUGUGUACAAACAAUAGUACGCAAGUAUAAACACCAUGGGACCACGCAGCCAUCAUACCGCUCAAGAAGGAGACGCAUUCUGUCUCCUAGAGAUUAACGUACUUUGGUGCGAAAAGUGCAAAUCAAUCCCAGAACAACAGCAAAGGACCUUGUGAAGAUGCUGGAGCAAACGGGUACAAAAGUAUCUAUAUCCACAGUAAAACUAGUCCUAUAUCGACAUAACCUGAAAGGCCGCUCAGCAAGGAAGAAGCCACUGCUCCAAAACCUCCAUAAAAAAGCCAGACUAUGGUUUGCAACUGCACAUGGGGACAAAGAUUGUACUUUUUGGAGAAAUGUCCUCUGGUCUGAUGAAACAAAAAUAGAACUGUUUGGCUAUAAUGACCAUCGUUAUGUUUGGAGGAAAAAGGGGGUCUUGCAAGCUGAAGAACACCAUCUCAACCGUGAAGCACGAGGGUGGCAGCAUCAUGCUGUGGGGGUGCUUUGCUGCAGGAGGGACUGGUGCACUUCACAAAAUAGAUGGCGUCAUGAGGAAGGAAUAUUAUGUGGAUAUAUUGAAGCAACAUCUCAAGACAUCAGUCAGGAAGUUAAAGCUUGGUCGCAAAUGGGUCUUCCAAAUGGCCAAUGACCCCAAGCAUACUUCCAAAGUUGUGGCAAAAUGGCGACAAAGUCAACGUAUUGGAGUGGCCAUCACAAAGCCUUGAUCUCAAUCCUAUAGAACAUUUGUGGGCAGAACUGAAAAAGCGUGUGCGAGCAAGGAGGCCUACAAACCUGACUCAGUUACACGAGCUCUGUCAGGAGGAAUGGGCCAAAAUUCACCCAACUUAUUGUGGGAAGCUUGUGGAAGGCUACCAGAAUCAUUUGACCCAAGUUAAACAAUUUCAAGGCAAUGCUACCAAAUACUAAUUGAGUAUAAGUAAACUUCUGACCCACUGGGAAUGUGAUGAAAGAAAUAAAAGCUGAAGUAAAUCAUUCUCUCUACUAUUAUUCUGAUAUUUCGCAUUCUUAAAAUAAAGUGGUGAUCCUAACUGACCUAAGACAGGGACUUUUUACUAGGAUUAAGAGUCAGGAAUUGUGAAAAACUGAGUUUAAAUGUAUUUGGCUAAGGUGUAUGUAAACUUCCGACUUCAACUGUACAUAUUUGAAUUACAUCAUGCUGACUUCACUGUCACCUACCUCCAACCUCUGACCCCUGACCCCUGACCCCUGACCCCUAGCUCGUACCUAUGA